GCGGAAGCACGGAGUGGAAUGUUGAUACAUUGUUGUUGUUUUGUAGUUAAUUUAGUUCAGGGAAACAUUUCGCUUCGGUUGCAGGACGCGGGACGAGGCUCGACCUGUUGACUCCAGGACACUUUCUCAGAGUUUCUGCGCAUCCCCGACACAGAUUCCGCGUUCACAAGACAGAUUUUGAGGAGUUCUGACUAGCUGCUUGUAUGCAGGGCAUGACGACUCAUUUUAAAGCAGGCAAAGCUUUAAAGGUAAAGAAGGAGGCAGGUGAGAAUGCUCCGGCGCUUAGUGACGAUGAGCUGGUGGCCAUGUCGGUGCGAGAGCUCAACCAGCACUUGCGCGGCUUGACCAAGGAAGAUGUGGUGCGGCUGAAGCAGCGGCGGCGCACGCUCAAGAACCGCGGAUACGCUGCCAGCUGCCGCAUCAAGCGUGUCACGCAGAAGGAGGAGCUUGAGCGCCAAAAGACGGAGCUGCAACAAGAAGUGGACAAGCUGGCUCGAGAAAACGCCAGCAUGCGUCUGGAGCUGGACGCGCUUCGAGCUAAAUACGAGGCCCUGCAGUGCUUCGCCCGGACUGUCACCCGUGGGCCGCCCGGUAAAGUCGCUGCUACCAGCGUCAUCACGAUUGUCAAGUCUGCCAAUCACAGCCCGAGCUCCGCCCCCUUUUCGGCACAAUCGUAGUGCUGGCUGACAGUGCCAACCUGGUCCAAUCUGGCUCUGAAUCCAGACUGAAUCUGAGAUGCUUGGUGUUCAGACUGACGGGACGGCUGAGGCCUUCAUCUGCGUGACUACAACAAGCUGCAUUCAUUUCCUUUCAUGUUUUCUCUUUUUCUUUACACAUACACAAAAUACAUUUAUAUUGUCUGUGCACUGUGCUAGAAUGUCCGGCACCGGCAGGGCACGACGACCGCUAUUUCCACAGGCUGAGAGUUAGCAGAGAUGAGCACUUGUUGAAGGAGAUACUUGAUUUAUGACAUGGCAGCACUGGUCAGACAGCUCUGUGACAUAUUACAUAUGCAUUGGAAAUAUUUUUAUAUAUUUUAUGUAAUAUUUAUUCCUAUAUAUUACAAAAAUAUAUAGUAUAGCACUCAGAUGGUU